AUGUAUGCUGCCCUGGCGUUCGUCUUGUCGUCCGUCUUACAGGCGUAUGCGGCAGCCAUCGUUUCGCGCUCAGGCUGCCGGCCAUUACUCCAACGAUCAAAUGUGAUUGACCCAGUUGCGCAUCUCAGGAUCGUCAACAAAUACAUUGCGCCUGAUGGGUUCAACCGAUCAACAACGCUGGCUGGUGGAACAUUUCCUGGGCCUCUCAUCAAGGCCACCAAAGGAGACCGCUUUUCCCUCAAUGUAGUGAACGAACUUACGGAUCCAACCCAGUUCCUAAGUACCACCGUUCAUUGGCACGGGUUGUUUCAGAAUGGAACAAAUUACGCCGACGGAGUGGCAUUUGUUACUCAAUGCCCCAUUGCGCAGAAUAAUUCCUUCCUUUACCAGUUCGAAGCACGGAAUCAGGCCGGCACUUACUGGUAUCACUCUCAUUACUCAACCCAAACUUGCGAUGGGCUCAGGGGGCCCCUUGUAAUAUAUGACCCUGAGGAUCCUAUGUCUUAUCUAUAUGAUGUAGAUGAUGAAACUACGGUCAUUACUCUCGCAGAUUGGUACCACCUAUACCGCGCCGUUAAUCCCAACUCGACUCUCAUUAAUGGCUUAGGGCGCUUUGCUGGGGGACCGCAGUCCGACCUUGCCGUCGUCAACAUCGAAUAUGGGAAGCGCUACCGCUUGCGCUUGGUGGGCAUGUCCUGCGACACGCACUUCAUUUUCUCCAUCGAUGGACACACAUUUACGGUCAUAGAGGCGGAUGGCGUCUUGACCGAACCGUUACUGGUUGAUUCCAUUCAAGUCUUCCCAGGUCAGCGUUAUUCCGUUGUGUUAAAUGCCGACCAAUUGGUGGGUAAUUACUGGAUACGCGCAUUGCCCAACCUCGCAAACGCUACAUUUAAUGACGGUAUGAACUCUGCUAUUCUGCGAUACCAGGGUGCCCCUGUUGCCGACCCUUCGACCAACCAUACGGCGAGUGUGAUGCCGAUGUUGGAAACCAAUUUGCAUGCCCUCAACCACCCCGGUACCCCUGGGGUUCCCGGCUACGGCAAUGCGGAUAUCAACCUCAAGCUGUUGGUCAACAACACGGGUGGCGCAUACUCGAUCAAUGGUGUCCAUUACAAGCCUCCGAGUGUUCCAGUAUUGCUACAGAUUUUGAGUGGUGCUCAGACUGCCGUGGACUUAAUGCCGAACGGCAGUGUAAUAACCCUAGAAGCCAACAAAGUAGUCGAGUUGACGAUGACUACGAUCGGAUUCGGCGGUCCCCAUCCAAUUCAUUUGCACGGGCACACAUUCGAUGUCAUACAAAGCGCCGAGAAUACGUCGUUCUUUAACUACUUGAAUCCUGUGCGAAGAGACGUCGUGUCGGCUGGUUCCCAGGGUCAGCAGAUGGUAAUACGAUUCGUGACGGACAAUGCAGGUCCUUGGUUCUUGCAUUGCCAUAUCGACUGGCAUCUUGAAGCUGGCUUUGCUGUUGUCAUGGCCGAGAACCCUCCUGGUGUAAGUGGCCACGUCGGUAAACUUCCUAGCGCAUGGGACAACCUGUGUCCGAAAUACAACUCGUUGACACCAUCGCAGGUAGGAGGAACUAACUCAUACGAGCAGGCGAAGAAUAUCUCGACGCUUUUGUUCCCGGACUGA